AUGCCUUUGGCAAAUGAUGUCACGAUGGAAGACACACUCCUGGAAGACGAUGAGCGAGACAGCAUAGAGUACAAGAUCCUCAUGGCCUACGCCCGGCGGCGGCUGCCUGCCAGCACAUACAGGAAACUCCUGGAAAGUGAAGCUAACGUGCAGAAAUCAGCAUCCUCAACUGGGACAGGAGUAACAAGUGACCCCCAAUGGGAUGAAGAUGAACCAAUUGCAAGGAUGUACCCCGGGGAGCAACACUUGGUGCUGUAUGGCUUAGCUGUUGCUCAGAUCCCAGAGAGGGACUGUGAACCAGCAUACAUCAGUCACAUUGCAGACAAUCUUGCCAAGCUUGUUACUGUUGCUCCCAGACCCUGGGAAUUUCGGUGUCAGUAUGAAGCCCCACGUCAGAAGCAAGACAAAGGUGAAUCUACUGCUGGAAAACAAGAAAUAAUAUUAUCAAUAGUUUCACUGUUAAAACAAAGAGGGGACCAACUGGAAGAAAAGAUGAAAAAGGAUGGAGCUUUCUAUCAGUGUUUUAAAGACAUGCUGUCCUACAGCUUCUUCAAGGGGAUCACUGACUGGUUCCUGAAAGACUUCUCAGAAGAUUCACCAAGAGUAACAGGAGGCCAAGCACAGCGCUUGAAAAUUGCCUAUACAAUGGAAGUUGCCACCAGACUGAAAGCUAUUGACAACCAUCCCAUGAACCGGGUCUUGGGCUUUGGAUCAAAGUACCUCAGAGAACACUUCAAGCCAUGGAUUCAGGACCAGGGUGGCUGGGAGAAGGCUGUGACUUCACAGGAUGAGGAAGAAGUGGAGUAA